UUGCUGUGCAUUGUGAACUAUAACGUUUGUGAUAUUAAUUAUUAUUGAUAUUGAUAAAAUUGAAUAAGUAUACAUAAAAAGUUUUUAUAAUUAAGGGGAUAAAUCUUUGCUGUGUGAAUAAAUAGAAUAUAAAUUUCAUUUUAUAUAUAAUUUAUUCGUUCGGGAUAUAUCGCAGACACCGCGUCACGUCCUACAAUGUUUUUAUGAAAUAAGGUUGAAUUAAAGUAUAGAAAUGGGUGAUUCUCAAGUGGCAAACAUCGUAAACGAAAUACUGCGAGUGGAGGCAGUUGAGGAGGCGUUUAGUUGUUUUUUGGUUCACAAGCCAGAGCAAGAGAAUGAAAGGCUCAGCAUGUAUCAGAAGAAACUAUGUGCUGUAAUGACUUCCUCAAGUACCGAGGUGCAGGAAUCUGGUAUAAGACAGUAUUUGUCAUUAACUGCUGUCCUUACAAACCGGUACAAGAUGAAACAACUUCUGACCCUGUUAGAGAAUUUGGUGAAUACCAAUAUUUUGCAAGCUCGUAUGCUCUGCGACUGUAUUCUUGUAUGCGAGAGGCUAACAUAUCAGAAUGCUGAUUUUUGGAUAGAAUGCUUUAAUCUGAUCCGAAGAAUUAUUGGUGGAGUUGAUUAUAAGGGUGUUAGAGAAAUUUUGAAGGGAUGUCGUGACAAAGCUCUCACACUGCCAGUUAGAUUGAACUCAAGUACGAUGCCACAAAUGAAAGCUAUUUAUAAUGUUAUUGAGUAUAUUUUUGACCGUAAUGCCUCAUUACUGCCUGCAUACUUCAUAGUGACUGAAAUACAAAAGGACUAUCCUGAUAACAAUCACUGGUUGCAUUGGCAACUAGCUAAGUUAUUAACAACAUUUGUAGAAAGUUUUAAGCCAUGUGCACAAAUGGUCUCUAUAGUGGGUCAUUCAAAAAUGCUACCUAUUGUUGAAUUCUCUGGAUAUGCUGACCACUUAGUUAAUCCGUGGCGUUUAGAUCCAACCACAUUGAAAUUCUGUUUAAAAGGGAACCUGCCAUAUGAUGAUGAGCUGUUCAAACCACAGAUAGAUCUAUUAAAACAUGUUUUACAACAGCCAUAUUCGAGGGAUAUGAUGUGCUCUAUGUUAGGAUUGCAAAAGCAGCAUAAACAACUGUGUAUAGCUUUGGAGGAUCAAUUAGUUGAGCUGAUGAUUUUGCCGAUAGAACGGAGUGAACAAGAGAAUGAGGAAGAUGAAAUGUCUUCCACACACUGGUGUUGGCUGCAUCUGUCAUCUCAAGUGAUAUAUUUAAUACUGAUAGGCUUUGCAUCAUUCCCCAAUAUAGUGAUGGGAUUGCAUAACAAGCUGAUAGGUCGCGAUAUGAAGAAGGGGAGGGAUCAUUUAAUGUGGGUUCUAUUGCAAUAUAUAUCAGGGAGUAUCCAAAGGAAUUCCCUUUCUCUAUUUUUGCCGAUUGUCAAAUUGCAUGAGUUGCUUUAUCCAGAGAAAGAGCCCUUGCCAGUACCUGAUUGUACGAAGGCACACUGUACGCACCAAAUGGCUGUUGUAUGUAUUUGGACGCAUUUGUUGAAGAAAGCAGAAAUUGAACAUAAGACAAUGGUAAUGCCGCAAAAUUUGAAAUUGCAAUAUGAAUUUUUCCAACAUUUAAUGACAUCAAACAACACUCCUACUCUAAUGGGUUCAGAUUAUCGCAUAGCGUUGCUAUGCAACGCGUAUUCCACCAACCAGGAGUAUUUCGCUCGACCAAUGGGCAUAAUUAUAGAAACUCUAUUCGGUAGUCAAAAAGCAAUGCCCAAUGGAAAUCCUGCUUCACCUUUACCAACUGUGCCUCUAUCGAUGUGUAUUUUAGAUAGUUUAACACUCCAUUGUAAGAUGUCGUUAAUACAUUCGAUAGUAGCACAUAUUGCGAAAUUGGCUCAGAAUAAAACAAAUAUACCUGGAAGUAACAUGAUGGCUCCAGCAAUGGUUGAAACAUACAGCCGACUGUUGGUUUACACUGAGAUUGAAUCAAUGGGCAUAAAAGGAUUUAUUAAUCAGCUAUUGCCCAACGUGUUCAAAUCCCACGCGUGGGGUAUUCUCCACAACUUGCUGGACAUGUUCUCAUAUAGGAUACACCACAUCCAACCCCACUAUAGAGUGACACUAUUGUCCAAUAUACACUCUCUGACUGCUUACCCUCAGGCGAAUCAGACCCAAUUACAGUUGUGUUUUGAAAGCACAGCGCUCCGUCUUAUAACAAGUCUCGGUAGUUCCGGCGUGCAAUUGCAAAUGUCUCGCGUCGUGUCCGAGCCGAAGUCCUUGGUUUCGAGUGAGAGUGAAGAGUUGAACCGAGUGCUCGUUCUCACUCUGGCACGCGGUAUAUAUAUGACGGGAGCUGGAAGCGACGGAGCGGCAGUAAAAGAGCUAUUGACGACGAUCAUGACCAAUACACCGCAUAUGUGGUCCCAGCACACCUUACAAUGUUUCCCCCCUGUGCUGGUGGAAUUCUUUGCUCAGAACCCAGCUACGAAAGAGAACAAACAGUUGCUCAAGAAGUCGGUUGAAGAAGAAUACCGGAAGUGGACAUCAAUGGCCAACGACAAUGAUAUCAUCUCGCAUUUCUCCGUGCCGGGUACUCCACUGUUCCUCUGUCUCUUGUGGAAGAUGAUAUUUGAGACGAAUCGCAUUAAUCCCAUAGCUUUUAAGAUCCUCGAGCGCAUCGGCGCACGCGCACUGUCGGCGCACCUGCGCAAGUUCUGCGACUACCUGGUGUUCGAAGUGACGAACCCGGCCGGCGGGCCGCACAUCAACAAGUGCGUGGACGCAAUCAACGAUAUCAUAUGGAAGUACAAUAUUGUCACCAUUGACAGACUGGUUCUGUGCCUUGCUCUGCGACCGAAUCCAGAUGCUAAUGAAAGCCAGGUGUGUCUCUACAUCAUCCAACUGCUUUUGCUCAAAGGUUCGGAGUUGAGGAACAGGGCGCAGGAUUUCGUCAAGGAGAACUCACCGGAACAUUGGAAGCAGAACAAUUGGUACGACAAGCAUCUAGCAUUCCACAGGAAGUACCCCGAGAAGUUUGCCCCGGAAGAAGCUAAUGGUGCAUACGGUGCGCCCAUACCGGUGUAUUUGAGCAACGUAUGUCUGCGGUUCAUUCCCGUGCUGGACAUAGUCGUCCACAGGCACUUGGAAAUACCGCAAGUUAGCAAGAAUCUGGAGCAAUUGCUGGAGCACUUGGGAUAUUUGUAUAAGUUUCAUGAUCGUCCAGUCACGUUCCUUUACAACACGCUGCACUACUACGAGACAAAGCUGCGUGACAAACCACUGCUUAAACGCAAACUCGUGACCGCUGUACUGGGUGCGCUGAAGGAAGUUCGACCAAACGGUUGGGCCACCACGGAAACGUUCCAGAACUAUCUGGCGAAGUCCGAUACUGAUGCAACUGCGUGGACACCCGAGUUGAACUACUAUUUGGGACUGGUUAACCGCAUGGUCGAUACAAUGACAGGCAACUCCCACUUCCCGAACACAGACUGGCGUUUCAACGAGUACCCGAACCCGUCAGCUCACUGCCUCUACGUGACCAGCGUCGAACUAAUGUCCCUCCCGAUCCCUCCCAACGUGGUCGGGAACAGCCUAUUGGACGUCGUUACUAAAGGCUUCGUCGUUAUCCCCACCACAAAGAUACAGCUAUGGAUAAACGCGAUCGGGAUCAUCCUAGCGGCUCUUCCGGAAGCGUAUUGGACGGUACUGUACGAUCGUGUAUUGGAAACGAUAACGAGUACGCAAAUGAUCGAAUGGUCGUACGAGCACACGCCGUUUCAGUUGUACAAUUUAAAUACCACAUACGACGCCAUGUUGGAGAAUAAGUUCAGUCUGAUAGUGGCAUUGACGCACGCUUUUUGGUACCACGCGGGCGCGGGCCUGAUCAUGCUGAUGCCUACUUUCGUCAAAGAGAAGUUAGCGCCGGAGAUUCGUACGGAGACCCAACUCAUAUACCUGUGCCACCUCGUCGGUCCGUACUUGCAGCGUUUUAACUCGGACCUCUCCAGAGCAGUCAUGGAUAUUACUAUAACGCUGUAUGAACUGUUGGCUCACGUGGACAAAACGCAACCACAUUUGGAGUAUAUCGAUCCGAUAUGCGAUCUACUUUAUCACAUAAAAUACAUGUUCGUCGGUGACACACUAAAGAACGAGUUGGAGGGAGUGAUUCGGAAACUUCGGCCCGCGCUGCAAAUGCGUCUUCGGUUCAUCACUCACUUGAACGUGGAACAGAUAAACACCGCCUAGCAGAACGAUUACUACAGCUAUACGCCCUCUAGCUCUAGCUCGAGCUCGGAGUAAGCUAUGCUGUAGUAAUCAAUUCAAAUCUUUCAUUCAGUGACUCGUUCACUCAAUUCGCGUAGUGUUCAAAUGACUGUGGAUGGAAGAUAAAAAUGAGCGUUGGGUUUGAUCUUUCAUUCGGUCAUGUUUUACAAUAGGGAGUGAGGAUUUUAAAAAUUCUGUGUGAGACAGACUUGGAAAUCUCAAUCAUUGUUAUUUAAACUGACAAAUUAUUUGAACUGAUAAUUUUUUUAGUCCAAUAGUAUUACCUUAAGUAACUACUUAUAAUGCAUAAUAAAAAGUGAACACAAAGAGGUGUUCUAAAAAUAAAAAAUUUAAAGGAAUGAAAUAUUUGCUAUUAUAUAUAUAUAUAUAUAUAUAUACUUUUUUUUUUACAAGUAUCAGGUGUCUUUGCCACAUUGCGUUUCGUUCAUGUUUUAGUGAAUUUGAUAAUUGGACUAUAAUUUAUUGGAAAAUAUUUAAAGACAAUUCUGUUUUUCUUUAAUUCGAUAAUAAUUAAAAUUUGCUUUGCUUUUUAUCUUUCAAAAUCAGUAAAAAUAUAUUAAAUUUUAGAUUUUUAACUUAAUUUGUGUAUUAAGGUAAAAUAUUAAUUGCGAGAGAAUAUUCAUUACGAAUUAAAAUAAGCUUAACAUCUUUAUAAAUUUAAUAAUUAUAAAAAUUGUUUAGAUAGAUUUGUAGUGUUACAAUAGUCUCUGCUACUACAGAAUUGUAUAAAACAACUUAGUAAUUUAAUUAGAUAAAUAAUGUUAUAAAAUGGCCUAAAAGAAAUUACGCCACGUGUGAUUUAUAAGUGAAAGUGAAAUUUGUUCAAGAAUUAUUAUAGCUAUACCACAGAGAGAACCCGUCACUUAUGAUUCAGCAAUAAAUAUUCAUAGUAUUAGAAGACAUGGGUGCAUUGGUUGUUAAAAAUAUAAGUUUAGUGUAGUUUUAAGUAUACUAUGUUCUAAUUAAAUAUAUCUUUACUAAUGAUAUAGAGCUGAAAUUUGUUGAACGAGUAAUCUCAGGAACUUUUAGACUAAUUUCAAAAGCGAGAACUUCAACUUUAUAUUAUUAGUAUAGAUACACUAUAUACAUAUUAUAUGAGAUAUUUCAAUAUCAAAUAAGAAAAAUAUUGGAUAACGUCUACUUACCAUCAAGCUGUGUUUUCUUGUAAUUAACUGAGUACGAAAAAACACACAGAAUAAAAAUCUUUGUUUGCCGCUUGAUAUCAAUCGAGAGACGUUAAAAUCGAUUUAUUUUCCACAUCACUGUCAAUACAUCACAAAUGAAUAAUCGUCAAUAUUUAUCUUAUUUAUAUUCAUUAAAUUAUAAAUCUAUGGUGAUAAAUAAAGGAAUUGUAAACCGCUUUUGGUAAGAAUUUUUUAAAUUGUGAGAUUACUAUUAUAAACAAGCUAUCUUUAAUAACUUAGAAUCGUAUUGUUUGUUGACGUAAUAGUGAUUAUAGUUAAUGAUAUACAAUGUACGUGUAAUAUUGAAAUGUAUGAUCAUUUUAUUUGUUAAGAAAUAAAUUUACAUUGAUCAUAAUCGUGGUGAAUAUAAUCAGUAAGUACUUAUUGAUAAAUUUUGCUGUGCAACGAAAUCUACUAUAACGGAACGGAAUUUCAGAUAUGAAUAUUAGAAAGCUCGAUUAAAAUCAAAUUUCAUGAUGAAUUAUAAUAAUUGUUUAUAUUUUACUAACAAAUCAGCCCAUGUUUCCGGGAUCUAAUGUCUUCUCAAACGGUCAAACUAGAGUAAACAUAGGUGUAGUAAGUAGUAUGUAUGAAAUUUUGCUAGUGAGAAACCGAAAUUAAGUAACAGAUUUUGUAUCUUUGGACACAAAAAAAAUCCCAAAUCAACCAACACCUUAAAUUGGAAUACUUUGUGACUCUAUGGCUGUGCUAGCAUUUAUUUUUCAAUUUACAAUUUUUUAUUAUUGAUGGCUCUGAGAAUGACUUAAAUGAAAUCUAACUUUUUUACUAAACUAGUAUUCAUAUUCGAACAUGCCCCUGCGAAUAAAUAAGACCAGGAUGCAGAACUUAACAAAUCUUCUGACAAUGAUUAUUUCUUUUAUAAAUUAAGAAAUGUCCGUCUGAAAAUUUAUUAUAUAGCUGACGAGGCGUAAUAUGAAAAUAUUAAAACACAAACGUAGGUUUGUUUUUGGCCUGUACAUACGUUUCCUGGCAUAUAUAUUCGUAGUCGUACCUGAACAAAUAAUUAAAUAUGAAAAAUAGCAAUAAUAUAAAAGUUGUAAUACUGACCUCAUAUUAUGUAGAUAUUACUUAAGUAAAUUUCUACACAAAAAACUAUACUAUGAUUACAAAAUUACUUAAAACUAUUCUAUUUUAUAUUGGAAUACGAUUUUGUAAUUGUUCUCUAUUUUUGGAUAAACUGUGUAUAAACGUAUACAUGUAAUAAAAUGUGGUUGAGGCUGUUUCAUUCAUUUUCCCUAGCUCAUUUUAAAUUUACUGUUUUUAAACUAGAAAAAUAUAGCCCUUGUUUAAGUCG